ACAAUUUUUGCUUGCGACGAUCGGUUGUGUUCGGCUGUUAUUUUGGUUGUUGAGCUUGACGAGCCUUGAUAUUGGAUGCCAGAGAGCCAGGAACAGUAAAUGAAGGAGGACGAAUAUGGUGAUUGUAACACGUGGUGACUACAUCUGGAUAGAACCCGCAUCGGGACGGGAAUUCGAUGUGGCCAUUGGAGCACGUGUCAUCUCCGCGGAGGGUCGUCGCAUCCAGGUGCGAGACGAUGAUGGCGACGAAGUGUGGCUGGCGCCAGAGCGUCGCAUCAAGGCGAUGCAUGCCUCAUCCGUACAGGGUGUCGAGGAUAUGAUAUCGCUGGGUGAUCUGCACGAGGCGGGCAUCUUACGUAAUCUGCUCAUACGUUACAAGGAGAAUCUGAUAUAUACGUACACUGGGUCCAUAUUGGUCGCCGUCAAUCCGUAUCAGAUACUGCCCAUCUAUACGGGUGAUCAGAUCAAGCUGUACAAGGAGCGCAAAAUUGGUGAGCUGCCGCCGCACAUUUUUGCAAUUGGGGACAAUGCGUAUGCGCAUAUGAAACGCUAUCGCCAGGAUCAGUGCAUUGUGAUAUCUGGCGAAUCGGGCGCUGGCAAAACGGAGAGCACAAAACUGAUUUUGCAAUAUUUGGCUGCGAUCAGCGGCAAGCACUCGUGGAUCGAGCAGCAAAUCCUGGAGGCGAAUCCCAUUUUAGAGGCCUUCGGCAAUGCAAAAACGAUACGCAACGAUAACUCAUCGCGUUUUGGCAAAUACAUUGAUAUACACUUCAGCGCCAAUGGGGUGAUCGAGGGCGCCAAGAUCGAGCAAUAUCUGUUGGAGAAGUCGCGCAUUGUGUCGCAGAAUCACAGCGAGCGCAAUUAUCAUGUCUUCUACUGCAUACUGGCAGGCCUGUCCGCCGAUGAGAAGAGUCGUCUCGACCUGGGCGCAGCUGCCGACUACAAAUACUUGACUGGCGGGAAUAGCAUAACGUGUGAGGGACGUGACGAUGCCGCUGAAUUCUCUGAUAUACGAUCGGCGAUGAAGGUGUUGCUCUUCUCGGAUCAGGAGAUUUGGGAGAUAAUCAAGCUGCUGGCGGCGCUAUUGCAUUGCGGCAAUAUUAAAUAUAAGGCGACCGUUGUCGAUAAUUUGGAUGCAACGGAAAUACCGGAGCACAUCAAUGUGGAGCGUGUCGCCGGACUGCUCGGCCUGCCCAUACAGCCGCUGAUCGAUGCUUUGACACGUCGCACACUGUUCGCCCAUGGUGAGACUGUCGUCUCGACACUGUCCCGCGAUCAGUCUGUCGAUGUGCGCGACGCAUUCGUCAAGGGCAUCUAUGGGCGUUUGUUUGUGCAUAUUGUGCGUAAAAUCAAUACGGCCAUAUUUAAGCCGAGAGCGACAUCCCGCAAUGCGAUCGGUGUGCUGGAUAUCUUUGGGUUUGAGAACUUUGAUCAGAAUAGCUUUGAGCAGUUCUGCAUCAACUAUGCGAACGAGAAUCUGCAGCAGUUCUUUGUGCAGCACAUCUUCAAGCUGGAGCAGGAGGAAUACAAUCACGAGGCAAUCAACUGGCAGCACAUUGAGUUUGUCGACAAUCAAGAUGCACUCGAUUUGAUAGCCAUCAAGCAGCUAAAUAUAAUGGCACUGAUCGAUGAGGAGGCACGCUUCCCCAAGGGCACCGACCAGACAAUGCUCGCCAAGCUGCACAAGACGCACGGCGCGCACAAGAACUAUCUGAAGCCAAAAUCGGAUAUCAAUACCAGUUUCGGACUCAAUCAUUUUGCCGGUGUCGUUUUCUACGAUACACGCGGCUUUCUCGACAAGAAUCGCGACACAUUCAGUCCGGAUUUAUUGCAUUUGGUUAGCCAGAGUGGCAAUAAGUUCUUGCGUCAAAUCUUUGCCCAGGACAUUGAGAUGGGUGCGGAGACGCGCAAACGCACCCCAACACUCUCGACACAAUUCCGCAAGAGUCUCGACGCACUGAUGAAGACGCUGAGCAGCUGCCAGCCGUUCUUUAUACGCUGCAUCAAGCCCAACGAGCUGAAGAAACCGAUGAUGUUUGAUCGUGGUCUAUGCUGUCGGCAGCUGCGCUACUCCGGCAUGAUGGAGACCAUACGGAUACGACGUGCCGGCUAUCCAAUACGUCAUGGCUUUCGUGAGUUUGUCGAACGAUAUCGUUUCCUCAUUGCCGGUGUGCCGCCGGCACAUCGCACCGAUUGCUUGGCGGCCACAACUCGCAUUUGCGCAAUGGUCUUGGGCAAAUCCGAUUAUCAGCUGGGCCACACCAAGGUCUUUCUAAAGGAUGCCCACGAUCUGUAUUUGGAGCAAGAGCGCGAUCGUGUCCUCACACGCAAAAUCCUAAUACUGCAGCGCAGCAUACGCGGCUGGGUGUACAGGCGUCGCUAUCUGCGUCUCCGUGCCGCCGCCAUCAGUGUGCAGCGCGUGUGGAAGGGCUAUGCGCAACGCAAGCGUUAUCGCAGCAUGCGUGUGGGCUAUAUGCGGCUGCAGGCGCUCAUCCGAUCGCGUGUCCUCUCGCAUCGCUUUCGCCAUUUGCGCGGCCAUAUUGUGGGGCUGCAGGCGCACGCGCGUGGCUAUUUGGUGCGCCGUGAAUACGGCCACAAGAUGUGGGCGGUGAUCAAGAUACAGUCGCAUGUGCGACGCAUGAUCGCUGUGCGGCGUUAUCGCAAACUGCGGCUGGAGCAUAAACAGUUUGCCGAAGUGUUGCAGCUGCGCAAACUGGAGGAGCAGGAGCUGUUGCAUCGCGGCAAUAAGCAUGCCCGUGAAAUUGCCGAACAGCAUUAUCGGGAUCGUUUGCAUGAGCUGGAGCGACGGGAGCUGCAGGAACAGCUGGAGGAUAGACGGCGUGUCGAGGUCAAAAUGAAUAUUAUUAAUGAUGCGGCCAGAAAACAGGAGGAGCCCGUCGACGAUGGCAAACUGGUGGAGGCCAUGUUCGAUUUUCUGCCCGAUUCUAGCAGUGAUGCACCGACACCACAUGGCGGACGUGAGACGUCCGUAUUUAAUGAUUUGCCGCAUGCACAGGCCGUUAAUCAGGAGGAUAUCAUUGCGCCGAUGCACAUCUCGGAGGAUGAGGAGGAUCUAUCCGAAUAUAAAUUUCAAAAAUUUGCGGCCACCUAUUUUCAGGGCAAUGUCAAUCAUCAGUAUGCCAAGAAGGCGCUGAAGCAUCCACUGUUGCCGCUCCAUACACAAGGCGAUCAGCUGGCCGCCCAGGCGCUCUGGAUAACCAUAUUACGUUUCACUGGCGAUAUGCAGGAGCCCAAAUAUCACACCAUGGAUCGCAUGGACACCACAUCCGUCAUGUCGAAGGUGACGGCAACGCUCGGACGCAAUUUCAUCCGGAGCAAGGAAUUCCAGGAGGCUCAACUGAUGGGUCUCGACCCAGAGGCGUUUCUCAAGCAAAAGCCGCGCUCGAUACGCCACAAGCUCGUCUCGUUGACGCUGAAGCGAAAGAACAAACUGGGCGAGGAUGUUCGACGGCGACUGCAGGAUGAUGAGUACACCGCCGAUAGCUAUCAGUCGUGGCUGCAAUCGCGUCCGACAUCGAAUCUGGAGAAGCUGCACUUCAUCAUUGGCCAUGGCAUAUUGCGGGCAGAGUUGCGCGACGAGAUCUACUGCCAGAUAUGCAAGCAGCUAACAAAUAAUCCAUUAAAAUCAUCGCAUGCCCGCGGCUGGAUAUUGUUAUCGCUGUGCGUCGGCUGCUUUGCCCCAUCGGAGAAGUUUGUCAAUUAUCUGAGGGCAUUCAUUCGAGAGGGGCCGCCCGGCUAUGCGCCGUAUUGUGAGGAGCGUCUGAAGCGUACAUUCAACAAUGGUACACGGAAUCAGCCGCCGUCAUGGCUGGAAUUGCAGGCGACCAAAUCGAAGAAGCCCAUUAUGCUGCCCAUCACAUUUAUGGAUGGCAAUACGAAAACGUUGCUGGCUGAUUCGGCGACAACGGCUCGCGAAUUGUGCAAUCAGCUAUCGGAUAAGAUAACGCUCAAGGAUCAAUUUGGCUUCUCGCUAUAUAUUGCGCUAUUCGAUAAGGUUAGCUCGCUGGGCAGCGGCGGUGAUCAUGUGAUGGAUGCGAUAUCACAGUGUGAACAAUAUGCGAAGGAGCAAGGCGCCCAGGAGCGCAAUGCACCGUGGCGUCUCUUCUUUCGUAAGGAGAUAUUUGCGCCAUGGCAUGAGCCAACCAACGAUCAAGUGGCCACAAAUCUCAUCUAUCAGCAGGUUGUGCGUGGCGUUAAAUUCGGCGAGUAUCGUUGCGACAAGGAGGAGGAUCUGGCCAUGAUAGCGGCCCAACAAUAUUUUAUCGAAUACGGCACGGAUAUGUCCAUGGAGCGAUUGUUUACGCUGUUGCCCAACUUUAUACCCGACUUCUGUCUCAGCGGCAUCGAUAAGGCCAUCGAGCGAUGGGCAGCUCUUGUUCUGCAGGCGUACAAGAAGUCCUAUUAUGUGAAGGAUAAGAUAGCACCGCUCAAGAUCAAAGAGGACAUUGUCAGCUAUGCCAAAUAUAAGUGGCCGCUGCUCUUCUCACGCUUCUAUGAAGCGUAUCGCAAUUCGGGUCCUAAUUUGCCCAAGAACGAUGUCAUCAUAGCAGUCAAUUGGACGGGCGUUUACGUUGUGGACGAUCAGGAGCAGGUGCUGCUCGAGCUCAGCUUUCCGGAGAUUACAGCCGUUUCCAGCCAGAAGACCAACAAAGUGUUCACCCAGACAUUUAGCCUGUCCACGGUACGUGGCGAGGAGUUCACAUUCCAAAGUCCCAAUGCGGAGGAUAUACGUGACCUGGUCGUCUACUUUUUGGAUGGCCUAAAGAAACGAUCAAAAUAUGUGAUUGCCCUGCAGGAUUAUCGUGCGCCGUCGGACGGCACAAGUUUUCUAUCAUUUUUUAAGGGCGAUCUGAUCAUACUGGAGGAUGAAUCAUGCGGCGAAUCGGUGCUGAACAAUGGCUGGUGCAUUGGACGCUGCGAUAGGUCGCAGGAACGCGGCGAUUUUCCCGCCGAAACGGUGUAUGUGUUGCCAACGUUGAGUAAACCGCCUCAGGACAUAUUGGCCUUGUUUAACAUUGAGGAGGCGCAUCAUGGCCGGCGCCUCAGCAUGGCAUCCAAUGGAGGCGCUGUAGAGCCGCGCGAUCGUCCGCACACGCUCAUGGAAUAUGCCCUGGAUCAUUUCCGUUUGCCGCCCAAGCGCACCAUGUCCAAGACACUGACGCUCAGCUCAAAACGCAGCGAGGAAUUGUGGCGGUAUGCGAGGGAUCCGAUUAAGGCACCGCUGCUGCGCAAGCUGCAGAGCAAAGAGGAGCUGGUCGAGGAGGCGUGCUUCGCCUUUGCUGCCAUACUUAAAUAUAUGGGCGAUCUGCCAUCGAAGCGUCCGCGCAUGGGCAAUGAGAUAACCGAUCACAUCUUCGACGGUCCGCUCAAGCAUGAGAUAUUGCGAGACGAGAUCUAUUGCCAGCUGAUGAAGCAGCUAACUGACAAUCGCAAUCGAAUGUCCGAGGAGCGUGGCUGGGAGCUGAUGUGGCUGGCUACGGGUCUGUUUGCCUGCUCGCAGGGCCUGCUCAAGGAGCUGUUAAUGUUUCUACGGACGCGUCGUCAUCCCAUCUCACAGGAUUCAAUGCAUCGUUUGCAAAAGACCAUACGGCAUGGACAGCGCAAAUAUCCGCCGCAUCAAGUGGAGGUCGAGGCCAUACAGCACAAGACAACGCAAAUCUUUCACAAGGUCUACUUUCCGGACGACACUGACGAAGCGUUCGAAGUGGACUCGUCCACGCGGGCCAAGGACUUUUGCAACAACAUCUCGCAGCGCCUUUCGCUGCGCACAAGCGAAGGCUUCUCGCUCUUUGUGAAGAUCGCCGAUAAGGUCAUUUCAGUGCCGGAGGGCGAUUUCUUCUUUGACUUUGUCCGCCAUCUGACCGACUGGAUAAAGAAGGCGCGACCGAUACGCGACGGCGCCAAUCCGCAGUUCACCUAUCAGGUGUUCUUCAUGAAGAAACUGUGGACGAAUACGGUGCCAGGCAAGGAUCGCAAUGCCGAUCUCAUCUUUCACUAUCACCAGGAGCUGCCCAAGCUAUUGCGCGGCUAUCACAAAUGCUCUCGCGAGGAGGCCGCCAAGCUGGCCGCUCUCGUCUUUCGCGUUCGCUUUGGCGAGAAUAAACAGGAGCUGCAGGCCAUACCGCAAAUGCUGCGCGAGCUGAUACCGUCUGACAUUAUGAAGAUGCAGAGCACAAGCGAAUGGAAGCGUUCCAUUGUUGCAUCUUAUAAUCAGGAUGGUGGCAUGACCUCCGAGGAUGCCAAAGUGGCAUUUCUGAAGAUCGUAUACAGAUGGCCAACCUUUGGCUCUGCAUUCUUUGAGGUGAAGCAAACCACCGAGCCAAACUAUCCGGAAAUGCUGCUUAUUGCCAUUAACAAGCAUGGCGUGAGUCUCAUACAUCCAGUAACAAAGGAUAUACUGGUUACGCAUCCUUUUACGCGCAUCUCAAACUGGUCAUCGGGCAACACGUAUUUCCACAUGACCAUCGGGAAUCUGGUGCGUGGCUCGAAGCUGCUGUGCGAGACAUCGCUGGGUUAUAAGAUGGACGAUCUGCUGACAUCAUAUAUAUCGUUAAUGCUGACCAAUAUGAACAAGAAUCGAACCAUACGAGCCAACUAGUAAACAUAUCUACAUAUAUAUAUAAACGGACACACACACACACACACACACAUAUACUUAUAAUUAUAAAAUAUAAAUGCAAUAAUUAUAUAACUAGUACUCAUAGUUAAUUACCUAUUGUGCAUUCCACGACCACACCGCUCUCCCCCCACCCCGCACGGUUACCCUUCCCCAACCAUUUUCAUAUUUAUAUUAUGCCUUUCUUUUGUAAAAAUUCGCAAACUUUU